CACAAUCUACCCAAGGAAAAGGUUUGCGCGAGUCUUCAGUUUAAUUUGUUUGUUUUUUUUACUGUUUCUGUGUGUAGUACUUCAACUUACUCUCCUUAUAGCUAGCAUUCAGAAAUGGCUGACAGCUAUUCCCGUACGGAGGGCUCUGUGGUACUCCAAGUGGGUGCUUUGGAGCUGCUUGCCAGAUACUCCAUGAAUACGACCAGGGUGACCAGCGUGUUGUCCUCUCUACACGAGUUCAGAGCUGUGGAGGCAGAGCAGACGGGCGGGAAACAGUGGAAUUGGAAAUAUCUUAGGGACCAAUUUGAACAAAAAGACUUAGAAGGUUUAUAUAGAAAAUACGAUGAUACAUUAAGAGAAAGUUUAGUUUACAUCUACAUCACUUUAUUAGUAUUAUUUUCUACAAUUCAUAUUGUGUUAGUCAUUAUCGGAUCAUACACAGAGUUUCAGGAAAUCCAAUCACCGUCUACGUAUCUGGCAAUGGGAAUGUACGUUUUAAGGAUAGCAGUGCCCAUAAUGUUGCUAUGGAAAUGUUUCUACGACCCGCUGAAAAAGAAAUGGUUUUGGAUGCCCAUAUUUAUCACAUUCGUAAUAACCAUUGACUUAGUUGUCACAGAUAUCACUAUACCUAUAUUCAGUUACUUCGAAGGCACUUCUUUGCGACCAGCUUACGCCACAAUGGCACUGUUGUCCGUCUACAUUUUCUUGCCGAUGAGAAAUAACUUCUUGGCCAUCAUUCUCGGUUGUCUCAUCAGCACAGUUUACAUCACAAUCAUCGCUUUCUUCACAUACAAAGAGGAUCACACAUAUAUCGAAGCCGUGAUUUCGUCUGAUAUAAUGUACCACAUCGGUGUCAACUUCAUGGGCAUAUACUUCAGACUGAUGAACGAAAUUGUCACACGGCGUUCAUUUCUUGACAGAAGAGCUUGCGUUGAGAGUACAUUGCGGUUGAAAUUCGUAAAGGACCAAGAGGAACGACUCAUGUUAAGUAUACUUCCGGAACACAUAGUAUCGAAAGUGAGAGAUGAUAUAAGAGACCUGUUUCUUGGACUGGGAUCGCGCGUCAGCUACAAUUUGAGAUCAUUCAACCAGUUGUACAUAGAAGAACACGACAACGUUAGCAUUUUGUAUGCUGAUGUGGUAAACUACACCAUGGUAUCUACCACAUUAUCCCCUAUGAGGAUGGUAGAACUUCUCAAUGAGCUCUUCGGAAGAUUUGACGAGGCGUCGGAGGAAUAUGACGUGCUCCGGAUAAAAUUUUUGGGUGAUUGUUACUACUGCGCCAGUGGAAUCCCAAAACCUACGUUACUACAUGCUAAAAACUGCGUCGACCUCGGAUUGGAAAUGAUUGGCAUCAUAAAAGACGUCAGGGAUAAACGUGCUCUUAACAUUGAUAUGAGGAUUGGUGUGCACUCUGGGAGAAUACUAAGUGGGCUGAUAGGCAUUAAAAAGUGGCAAUUCGACAUUUGGUCCAAGGACGUUACUAUUGCCAACAAAAUGGAAUCUACCGGCCAAGCUGGAAAAGUGCAUAUAACUAAACAAACUUUGGAACUAAUCUACGAUUAUGCCAGAGAAUAUUUCAUUGAGCCAAACUAUGCUAGCCAAAAUGAUCCGUUUGUUAUGAAAAACAAACUGGAGACGUAUCUUGUUUCGAGACUCACAAAGAUUGUUGAAUACAGACGACCUUCGUUUAAAAAACCAUCUGUAGGAUUCAACAAAAUCAUCACUAAGAGACGUUUCGAUGGCAGAAGUUCAGCAGCUACAGUCAGAAGAACUACUACGUUUAUGGAUGAAAAUCUGGUCGAAUAUCAGCUAAUGUUGAAGGCAGCAAACGCACAAAUGUCGAAAGAAAUUGACGACAUGAACAAAGGAAAUGAUCAGUUCCGGAGAGUAUCCAGUUUGAAUUGUAUCACAAUGAUGUACAAAAACAUGAAAACAGAAAAAGCAUUUUUAUUAUUGCCAGAUCCAUUAUUCAAAUAUUAUAUUUCGUGUUGCCUGAUAAUAUCCUCUCUAAUACUGCUUAUAAAUGGGUUAACCACAAAUUGGUUCUACGGAUUCAAGUGGUAUACAUGGACAAUGUUCCUGCUCUUAUUUUUCGUGAUGAUUCUUCUUCAGCCAAUAACCUGGUUUCAUUUUUUAUGGACAAAAUAUAUGGGUUCAGAUGAACCGCGAAACCAAAUACUGCGUAAAAUAUACGAUACAUCUGCGAACAUUAUUAAAUCUGCUAAAAUACGAACUGCUAUCUAUUUAACCAUCAGUGUAGGGUUAGCUGCAACAUCAAUGGUCAACGUAAUCGGUUGUACUGAAGAAGAAAUAAGCAACACUGGUUCUGCGAAAGUUAUUUCAAACUGCAUAUCUUCAUGGCAUGUUACGCAAUGCUGGGGACUAGCUCUGUUGCUGAACUUUCUCUUCAGUAGAGUAUUCUUUAUUUUUAAAUGGAUCGUUGCUGGUGGCAUGACCUUGUUCUAUUUAUGGGUUGUUUGGGAAAUCAAGUCUUCACUAUUUAAAAUCGAUGCUACUUGGAACGUCGGCUUGGACCCUCGAUUUGCGCAUACUUUAUUUGUUAUCAUUAUAACAAUAUCAUUAUACUUAAUUGACCGGACCACAGAGUAUAGGAACAGAUUGGACAACUUAUGGCAGAUACAGUUGAACGAAGAGCAGAAAGAAGCGGAAACUAUGUUAAAAGUGAACAAUAUGCUUUUGGAGAAUAUCCUUCCAGCUCAUGUUGUGCAGGUAUAUUUGAACCUGAACCGUUCUAUCGACGAGCUAUACUAUGAGAAUUAUGACAAUGUAGCUGUGAUGUUUGCAUCCUUAACUGACUACAAGCUUGGUAUGGAAGACGACGCCGACAUGAGUGAUAAGUUUGUGCUAAGCAUUUUAGAUGAAGUCAUAUCUGAUUUUGACAGGUUACUUAUAACUGGAUCUUCAAUUCACAAAGUGGAAAAAAUCAAAGUUGCUGGAUGGACGUACAUGGCAGCCUGUGGUUUAGACCCCUGCAGGAGGGAUUCUAUUAACUCUGCUUCAAAUACAUCCAUUUAUGAAGGGCAGAAUAGUCCUUACGAUAAGGCAAUUGUAUUGACAAUGGUAGAAUUUGCUGCAGCAAUGAUGAUGCAGCUGAAAAAUUUCAAUAGAGGGUCUUUCCAAAGCUUCGAGGGACUAAAUUUGAGAAUUGGAAUUUCCAACGGAAAGGUCGCAGCGGGUGUUGUCGGGUCCCUUAAACCGCUAUAUGAUAUAUGGGGUCAUGCGGUUAAUAUGGCUUCCAGAAUGGAUUCCACUGGAGAAACGGGGAAAAUACAAGUUACUGAAAAUACUGCUUUCAUUCUGGAUGAAUGUGGUGUUCUGGCGACAUGUCGCGGCGAAACCUUCGUGAAAGGAGCUGGCUAUAUCAAGACCUACAUGGUUCCACUCGAUGAAAAUUUCAAUCUUAUCAGAAAGGAGGACAGCUUUCAUUACUACAAGAAAGAAGAUAAAAGACGUUACUAUAAUAUACGUGAUAGUAUCGAUGGAAUGUCUGAUACCGCCUCUCUUUAUAGAUCUAAUUCUCUUUAUGAUAAUAUGUCGGUAACAAAUGACAACGUUCAAAGUGAUUUAAACAACAAAUCAUACGAACCAAAUGAUGGUGAUAGUAUCUCAUCGUCAAAUUUUUAUGAUGAAACAAUAACUAAUAAUAAUAUAAAUAAACAUGAUGAUACCAUUGUAAACAAGUCGUACGAACCAACUGAUUCUUUGAGCUUUUCAUCCAGUGAGCUUGACGAAACGGAUACUCGUUGCUAGAAAACUAAAAAAAAUAUCUGGUUUAAUUUUAGACAUUAAUCAAAAUAAAUUUGUCCAAUCAAUCAUUUACUAAUUUAAGUAAUAUUAUCAACCAUUCUAGUCGUUAAGUUUUAAGAGGUAUUAAAGACAUUAAAUGGUUAUGAAAUGUACGUAAAUAUUAGCCUACCCUUAUCUUACAUCGCGAGAUACAUAUAUAUGUGGUUUCACAAAUCACAUCCCUCGAAUGAAUUCCUAUAAUAAUUUAUAAACAACAAAUGUUUACUUGGUCAACUGAUUAUAAUUAACAUAGAAAAAAAUCGUUAUGUCUAACGGGUAACUUUAAUGAAUGAGUGUAAAUUUUAGUAUAAGUAAUCAUGUAUUUCUGUGAUGUUUUUAGAAAUACGAUAAAUAAUAAAUCCUUCUAAUUAAACACCGUUUUUAUUGGUCAUAAAUGAAUAAUCACAAUAAGAAUGUUAACUGACAAAAUCUCAAUUGGCAAUCAUCAAGUUAAUAAAUGAAAAUAUAUUUAUUUCAGUUUGAACAUUUACUUUAAUUUAACCUGUUCUCUGAAAUCUAAAAUUGUAUAAAUGAAAAGUAAAUACUGCAUACGGUAUUACUUAUUCGGAUAUUCGACACGACAAUUUAAAUUUAACAAAUACAGACAAAUUAUUGAAACAUCGUGCAGGUCAGUCCUAAAAAUAAAUAAAAUAAACUACAGACAAAUAGUUUUAUUCAGCUACGCAAAUUACAAAUAGACUUGACUUCAAAAAAAAUAUAUAAAAAAAGUUCAUUUUCUAUCGUAAUGAUCUUAAAUAAAUAAUUGGUCUCCCUUUGGUCGACCGCUGGGAGACCAAUCAUUUAUCUAUGGUAUUGUGUAACUUUAAAACGUCACUUAGGCCGUGUAGUUUCAUUGAUAGGUAGUUUUAACUUUGACUAUAGUUAAAUCCUUUGGGAAAAAAUAACCAUUUGUCAAAUGUGACACUUUCACUAUAUAUGUAUUUAAAUGCGACUAUAGUACUACGUAUCGAUCCUUAGGAACCACAUCCAUAGAUUUUUCUAUCAUUAUAUGACCGUUUUUUUUUCAGCGUAUCCGGCAUUAGUGAGAAAUUAAUGUAUAAAUGACAACUUGUGUUCUUAAGUGACUUCCUAUUAGGCUUCGCCGGAAUACGCACAUACUAGCACUCCUUUACAAUAUUUUGUUUUAUCCCUUUUCCCGCGAAAUCCCAAAAAACUUUUUAAAUUUCAACAAAAUUCCCUAUCGCUUUACAGGCUUGCUUUUAGGUCAUCAAAAAAUCUAAUCCUCACGAUGCCUGUUCACCGCACCAGCUAUUAUGACCAUUCAUUUGCUAUACGAGCUGUUCGGCUUUGGAACUCGUUGCCUACUAAUAUCAGACGUCCUAAAUGUUAGAAUAUAUUCAAAGAGGAGCUCAAACACUUUUAUCUUUCGCAGUGAAUCCGAUUUUACUGUGUAAAAUGUUAUGUAUAUGUAUGUGUGUGUGUGUGUUAAUGAAUGUAUUUUUGAAUUAAAAUACUUAGGUUUCAUGUGAAGUUGUAUGUACACAUGUGACUAUUUACUCCAAGCCAUAUAACACCCCAAACUACAGUUUCUGUAGAACUUUUUGUACUCGCGGUUGUCUGGAAGAAAUCGCUCUUAGCGAUAAGACCGCCAAUUAUAAUACUUUUAUUGAGUUUAUUGUUUGUUAAUGUUCUGUAAUUAUGUAUUUGGUUUUAUAAUAAAGUGUUAAUCUAUCUAUCUAUCUAACUUGUAGUUGUCUUCUUAGUUUCAUAGGCCCUUAGGUUGACUAAUCAACAUUUAGCUGACUAUGAUCAAAAUACGGCCACUGAGAGAAUGCGUUAACCAUAAACUUAAGAUUUCGCUGCGUACUUUGUUCAUGUUGUCAACAUAAGGAAUUGACACGAACAGAUGCGACUUGAUUCUUUCAGCAUACUUGCUAUAGGCUGAAUCCUAGAAAAAAAAAACCGGCCAAGUGCGAGUUGGACUCGCGCACCGAGGGUUCCAUACAAACCUGAAUUUUCAAAAAAAAUGACAUAUGAUGUAACUAAAAAUUUACGGUUUCUGCAAUUUUCCCUUUAUCUGUACGUAUUAUAGAUACGUUACUUCGUACCAAAUUUCAAGAUUCUAAGUUCACGGGAAGUACCCUGUAGGUUUUGAUUCCCGUGCGAGUUUCGAAAAUUUGCGGCAUAAACGGCUGUAUCUUUUGAUU